AUGGCGGAAUCAAGUUAUGCAAGUAUGGCUAAUUAUGUAAUUGAAUCUGAAUAUUGCACGUCGAACCAGGUUGAUGUUGUUAUAUCUAGGAAGGUGAAGUCACUUAGAUAUGGAGAAUUUGUUGUUUCAGAUAUGAAUGGAAACUUCAUGUUCAAAGUUAAAGGCAAUUCUUUUGGAUGGCAUGAUAAGAGAGUUAUUCCUGAUGCUACUGAUAAUCCCUUGAUCACUCUCAAACAAAAGAUGUUGACUGAGCAUUCGAGAUGGAAUGCAUAUAAAGGAGAAAGCACUGAUGAAAAAGACUUUUUAUUUACUAUAAAGACAACAUCUAGAUUUCAAUUGAAAAUGAAGAUCGAAUUAGCUAUUUUCUUAGCAAAUAACAAUUCUAAGGAGAAGAACUGUGAUUUCCUUAUUAAACCUGGAUCAUUUGGAUUCAGACGAUGUGUGGUCCCCAGCGGAAAUACUUACACUAUUGGUGUGAAUGACUUAUUGCAGAUGCAUGAGAUAAUUACUACUAAAAGUUUAUUGAUUGGAAAAGACAAUUUUAUGGUGACAAUGUAUCCAAAUAUUGAUCAAGCCUUCAUCGUCUCAUUAAUAGUAGUCCUUGAUGCUAUCAAUGCAGUCAACGAUGCUGCUGUUUUAGGUGUCGCUGCCGGUUUAGGUGUCGCUCUCGAAAGUUAA